CACUGAUCUUCCAAAAUCACUUCGUCAUAUAAAACUAUACCUUCAACAUCAUACUGAACCUGUCACUUUAUUAUCUCCAGGUAUUUGCAAACUCAAUUACAAAGGCUACAUCUCAUUUUAUCCUCAUUUUCUAAUCAAUCCAUCGUAAUGUCUGUCAGGGGCCGCGUUGCCAUUGUAACUGGAGCAGGAGGAGGUCUUGGGCGAGAAUACGCCCUCUUGCUUGGAAAGCUUGGAGCCAAAGUCGUAGUGAACGACUACGGCGGUACACUUGAAGGCCAACCUGGAACCAUUUCCAGGGCCCAGUCAGUGGUAGAUGAGAUCAGAGCAGCCGACGGCAGUGCUAUUGCCGACGGACACGACGUUUCCAUCCAGACGCAAGCUCAAGCCAUCGUCAUCAAUUGCCUUGCUGAAUACGGCCGUGUUGACAUCCUCGUCAACAAUGCCGGUAUCUCGGGAAAGCCAAGUUCUCAUGCAGCGCUCGAUGCACCGGCUUUCAUGAGGGUCAUUGAGAUCGGGGUCCUAGGAGCGCAGCUUAUGACAAGUGCUGUUUGGUCUACGAUGGAGAAGCAAGGACACGGUCGAAUCGUCAACGUAUCUUCAGAUGCCAUCAUUGGAUUCGGCGCUGGUGGCGACUGCGCCUAUUCAGCUUCCAAAGGCGCAGUCUUUGCCAUCACCCAAGAUCUUGGGCGGUUCUCGCCGUCAUGUGGAAUCAAGCUCAACGCCAUCUUGCCGUCGGGUGCAUCACGAAUGGGAGAUCUCUCAGAGGCAUCAAAGAUGAUUACGCAGACGUACUUCGAAACCAGCAAAUGUGCGCCGUUACUCGUUGCCUUGUGUGCUGAUGAGUGCCCUGUAUCCGGGGCUUGUAUCGCUACGGGAGCUGGAAGGGCAGCUCGUGUUGCACUUGCGACGUUUCCUGGACAUACAAAUGAAACGACAGCGGAGGGGUUUCUGGAGAAUUGGAGCAAGGUUAUGGGUGAUGAGAAGGAUGUUUACAUUCCCAAGGAUACUUUGGAUCAUGUACGGUACGGAGUUCGCUUGGCGUCUGGACUGGAGGUGCCUGAGUUGCCAUCAUUGGGCAUCAUACCAACCACUAGCAAACAACCAUCAUAG